AUGAACAUCGUCGAAGACAGCCCCGUUGCAGCGGUCAAGCAGAAGUUUGAUAGCGACCCUAUGGAUAUUGACAACACCGAAGUUGUGGUUGUGGAUGAUGAGGACAACAAUGACGAGGUCAAACCCCAGGUCGAGAAAGAAGAGGGCAACGCCCCAUGGUUCUUUCAAGAGAUACAGGAAGAUCUCCACGUCGACAACAUGGCACCGUCCGAGAUUCCCACCAAGCCGGCCCUGCUCACGCCCCGUGAGAUCGAGAUCCUCGCAAUGGCAUGGGUAUCCUGCGAGCUGGAGCCUAAAGUCAACUUUGCGAAGCUAGCCGACAACGCUAACUUCAAAAACCCGGCGUCCGCGCGAGCUUGCUUCGCCCCCAUCAAGAACAAGAUCAUGGCACUCGCUCUUGACAAGGACGACGCUGCCAAGGAUGACGCUGCAGCCAGCCCUUCUGUCGCGACUCCUCGAAAGCGCGCUCUGAAGGAUGAUGCGGUCACGCCCAAGGCCAAGAAGCCCAAGACUGAGGCCGAGCUCAAGAAGCCCAAGACUCCCAAGGCCAAGGCCGAGCCCAAGACCAAGACUGAGGACCAGGCCGAGACUGAGGAUGAGCCCGAGACCAAGACUAAGGCCGAGCCCAAGGUCAAGGCUGAGGCCAAGCCCAUCAUUAUCAAGGACGAGGACGAUGACGACGACUAUGACGCCAUGGCCAAUGCUCAGCUCGACGAUGAAGGGAUCUAA